CGGGAGCCGCCCCCGCCCCCCGGCCCGGCCGCGCGGCUCGCGCCCCCCGCCGGGUCCCCACCUCCGCGCCCGCCCCGCGGGCUGACCGGCCGACCGGGGCCCGCCCCCGGCGCCCACCAUGUACGCCUUUGUGCGGUUCCUGGAGGACAACGUCUGCUACGCGCUGCCCGUGUCGUGCGUGCGCGACUUCAGCCCCCGCUCGCGGCUGGAUUUUGACAACCAGAAGGUGUACGCCGUGUACCGGGGCCCGGAAGAACUGGGCGCCGGGCCCGAGAGCCCCCCGCGCGCCCCCCGCGACUGGGGCGCGCUGCUGCUCCACAAGGCCCAGAUCUUGGCGCUGGCAGAAGACAAAUCUGACCUUGAAAACAGUGUGAUGCAGAAGAAAAUAAAAAUCCCCAAACUUUCUCUCAAUCAUGUAGAAGAAGAUGGGGAAGUUAAAGAUUAUGGGGAAGAAGAUUUACAGCUUAGACACAUCAAGAGACCCGAGGGGCGGAAGCCGAGCGAAGCGGCGCACAAGAGCAUCGAGGCAGUGGUGGCCCGGCUGGAGAAGCAGAACGGCCUGAGCCUGGGCCACAGCACAUGUCCGGAAGAGGUCUUCGUGGAGGCCUCACCGGGCCCCGAGGACAUGGACAGUCUGGAGGAGGCCGGCGUGCCCCGGGCUCUGUAUGAGGAGCUGCUGCGCAGCUACCAGCAGCAGCAGGAGGAGAUGCGCCACCUCCAGCAGGAGCUGGAGCGGACUCGCAGGCAGCUGGUGCAGCAGGCGAAGAAGCUCAAGGAGUACGGGGCGCUGGUGUCCGAGACGAAGGAGCUCCGCGACCUCAACCGCAGGCUGCAGGACGUGCUGCUCCUGAGGCUGGGCAGCGGUCCCGCCAUUGACUUGGAAAAAGUAAAGUCAGAAUGUCUCGAGCCCGAGCCGGAGUUACGGAGCACUUUCAGUGAGGAAGCAAAUACGUCGUCCUAUUACCCCGCUCCUGCACCUGUCAUGGACAAGUAUAUCCUAGACAAUGGCAAGGUCCAUCUGGGAAGCGGGAUUUGGGUUGAUGAGGAGAGAUGGCACCAGCUACAAGUAACCCAAGGAGAUUCCAAGUACACAAAGAACCUGGCAGUCAUGAUUUGGGGGACAGAUGUUCUGAAGAACAGAAGCGUCACAGGAGUUGCCACAAAAAAAAAGAAAGAUGCUGUCCCUAAGCCGCCCCUCUCGCCUCACAAACUAAGCAUCGUCAGAGAGUGUUUGUACGACAGAAUAGCACAAGAAACUGUGGAUGAAACUGAAAUUGCACAGAGACUCUCCAAAGUCAACAAGUACAUCUGUGAAAAAAUCAUGGAUAUCAAUAAAUCCUGUAAAAAUGAAGAACGAAGGGAAGCAAAAUAUAAUUUGCAAUAA